GUAAAAGCCAUAAACCAGUGGAAAUGAUUCUUCAGUUGAUAGUUUGUCUGUUGGCCCAGGAAAGUCUGGUCUUUGGCCAGAAUGGGGGCUAUCUGCGCAUUAUGAAUGGAACCGUAGCGAGGGAUAUGCAGUUCCCCUACCAGGUGGGUCUGCUUUGCUACUACGAGGACUCGCUGAAUCGACCGAAUCUGUGUGGCGGCACAAUUAUCAGCAAAAGUUGGAUACUCACAGCAGCCCAUUGCCUGCAGGAACCAAGCUCCGAACUUCAUCAUGUCACUGUCUAUGUGGGAAGUGUGGAAGUUCAGGAGAGUGAACCAUUUGUGGUCAACAAGAACGCAACCAUCGUCCAUAAGCAGUUCAACCGUAAAAUUGUAGCCAAUGACAUUGGCUUGAUUAAGCUGCCAAAGGAUCUAAAGUUCAAUGCCCGGAUACAGCCCGCAAGAUUGGCCAAUCCAAAGGAAAGCUAUAUUGGCAAAAUGGCCAUUAUAUCCGGCUGGGGUGUGACUAGCAAGCAGGAGGCCAGCAGUGUGCUCCAGUACAUCAGGGCUCCGAUCAUCACCAACAAGGAAUGCGAAAAACAAUGGAACAAGCAGCUCAAAGGGAAAAGAAGGAAGCUCGUGCUGGACUCCUUUAUAUGCAUUGAUUCCAGGGCGGGCCUGCCGUGUCGCGGCGACUCUGGCGGUCCUCUUGUACUCGACGAUGGCUCUAAAACGCUGGUGGGGAUUGUCUCGCACGGUUAUGAUGACAAGUGUCAGGUGACACUGCCAGAUGUCUUGACGCGUGUCUCUUCGUUUUUGGGUUGGAUUAAAGAGCAAACUGGUGGCUUGGAAUGAAUGGGCUUGGCUCCCGAGCACUAGGCAUCGUGUGACAAUAAAAUACGCAUCUCUUUUCAAA